AUGUUCCCGUUGCCAAUGUUCACGCCAGAUCAGGUGGCGCGCGUAUGCGAGAACCUGGAGGAGACCGGGGACAUUGAGCGCCUGGGCCGCUUUCUGUGGUCCCUGCCGGCCGCGGUACCGGCCUCGGCCAGCGACGCGCUCAACCGCCACGAAUCGGUGAUGCGCGCCCGAGCCCUGGUGGCCUUCCACGGCGGCAACUUCGAGGCGCUUUACCAGAUCCUCCAGAGCCACCGCUUCACGCGCGAAUCUCACGCCAAGCUGCAAGACCUGUGGCUGGAUGCGCACUACCGUGAAGCAGAACGCCUCCGCGGCCGGCCGCUGGGGCCCGUGGAGAAGUACCGCAUACGCAAGAAGUUUCCCCUCCCACGCACAAUUUGGGACGGCGAGCAGAAGACCCACUGCUUCAAGGAACGAACUCGUAGCCUGCUCCGUGAGUGGUACCUGCAGGACCCCUACCCCAACCCCUCCCGAAAACGCCACCUGGCCCAGGCCACCGGACUAACGCCCACCCAGGUGGGCAACUGGUUCAAGAACCGGCGGCAGAGGGACCGAGCAGCUUCAGCCAAGAACAGACUGCAGCAGGACCCCAGUCUCAUGCCCGCGGGCACCUCUUUGGACGGCAGCUCCCAGGACCUCCGGCCUCACCUGCCCCACUCCCCGCCCAGGCGCCCAGGCAGCCCCGAGACCAGCGACUGCAGCUCGGGCACCGGCCCCCACGGGACCCGGGCCUCCACCCCCGAAAUAUCUGUCAGCAGCGACAGCGAGUUUGAGCCCUGAGUCCCGACCCAAGACAAACUCGUUUAGAUACAGACCCGCCGGGUGGCGCUGAUGCGCUAAUCUGUCAUCUGCCGUCCUGUAGUCUGUAACGAAUAACCUGUCGCACGGUGAGAGUCUGUGCAGAACGGGGAACGUAGGUGCAGCUGAGACCGUUUGCACGGAGAAUACUGAGGUGGGGAACGGGGUGGAAGCGGGACAGUGACUGCCGCAUCAGACACAAGCACUUAUCCACAGGCCUGCCGAUGGCUCGACUGGUGCUCUAGAAUAGCUGUAUGGUGAUGUACAGAGGACCAGGCAUAUUACACUCCUGUUUAUGACUGAGUGAAAACGGAGAAGAUGCUUUUGGGAAAACUUCUGUGUUUUCUGUGUUCUUAGACAUGGACACACACACACACACAGACACACACACAGCUAUCAAAUGUUUGGACACUCAUACCACCAUGACAUAUUUUCUUACAUUUCGGUGAGGAUUAUUCUUUAAUUUUCCUUUGGGUUAAAUUGUAUAUUGCGGUUUGGGCUUUGCAGUGUACUUUGCACUUGUAUCUACUGACGUUUUGUGAAACUCACCAUGCACAAUGGACAAGUGAAUCAUAUGAAUAAGGGAAAUGUGAACAGUUUUACAACAAAAGAUAGAAAGGCAAAAAGGCAAGUACCAGAGUACAGAAAUAAGAAUGUGAAAUAACAGAAACAAAAGUGGAUGAUACCAAAGAUCAUACAAAACAAUGUGUAUCGAUAACACAAGAAUAGCAAUUACAAAUCAAGAUGGCAGAUGCCAUACCAGGGCUUCAGGAAUUUGAUUCAACGUCACUGUAGUUUGAUUUGUGUGCUGUCUCCCUCUGGUGGUGAAUUUCACACAUUACCGUGCUAAAAGACAAUCAGGUGGAGGGGGUAAAACUUCAUACUCUAAGAAUAAGAGGAACUGCCCUUCAUGUGCAACACACUGCUUAAUCUGUGAAUAUGAAAGCUUUGACAGUGCAUCUCAGAUUACACAAAUUUGACAUUUUGACAAAAAAAACGCCCAAAAACAAUCAGUAAAGAACUAUAAUGAAUCUUAUUACAUAACACAUAUGGUACACCAGGCAUCAUUAUUCAGUGUUGGGGACUAAAAAUAAUUUGAUGGUUGUUUGCGUUUGAAGGCUUCAGUCUGUGCACUCUUUUCUGUAGACGUGGGAAGAUUCAGAGGAAUACAACUACAAUCUCUGUGGCCUCACACAGAGCUUGAGCUGGCCGUCUCUGCCAGCUUUUAUGGAUGUACAUCAGAUUGUGCCGGACUUCUCCUUGUCUAAAAGAGGUAGAUGAUUAAUUCCAGGGGGAAUAAAGAAUC